CGCAGCAUCAAGCACACUAGAGGAUUUGAUCCUCGUCUCUCUGAUGUCUUUUCUUGCUUGAGCUCGUUGGGUCGACACGAUCAUAUCGAAGCGAGAACUUCUGCGGAUGUUUCUCUACAGUCACAUUAGGUAUCAGAAACUCCUCAUGCAGAAGAACCAUGAGAAGACUGUCCUUCAGAAUGACAUCACUGUAAUCACAUCAAGGAUUUCUGGGUUUUGUGCACCAAAAACUUAGGAAAAACCACAAACUGCAAGGGUUUAAUAUUUCAUUCUCUGCGUUUUUUUUUUUUUUUUUUUUUUGGUAAUAUCUCAGAACAUUUUCAGACUGAUCCGUCUCUUGUGGUGAUCCUUCACGUUGCCCCAGAUGAGUUUUUGUGGCCGUCUCACAUGUUGUGCCGUCUGGCUCCUCGCCGUUCAGAGCAUGAGCUGCUGGGGACUGAGGUCUGCUGACGCGACCCCUGAUCGACCCCAGAAAGGCCCCAAGCAUUCACAGGAUGCCUUGCAAAGACAGAAACGUAACUGGGUUUGGAAUCAGUUCUUUGUGCUUGAGGAAUACACCGGGACCGACCCGCUGUAUGUGGGCAAGCUGCAUUCAGAUGUGGAUAAGGGUGAUGGAAAUGUCAGGUACGUGUUGACUGGGGAGGGAGCAUCUUCAAUCUUCACUAUCGAUGAGAAUACAGGGGACAUCCAUGCCACCAAACGUCUGGACAGAGAGGAACAGGGUUAUUACACUCUGCGAGCUCAAGCGGUGGACCGCGGGACCAACCUUCCGGUGGAGGACGAGUCUGAAUUUAUUGUGAAGGUCCAGGACAUCAAUGACAAUGAGCCUAAGUUUCUGGAUGGGCCGUACGCCUCAGGAGUCCCUGAAAUGUCUCCUCUUGGCACCACGGUGGUUCAGGUGACAGCGACUGAUGCAGACGACCCCACUUAUGGCAACAGCGCCAGAGUUGUGUACAGCAUCAUACAUGGACACCCUUACUUCUCUGUGGAGCCCAAGACAGGCAUUAUACGGACAGCGCUGCCCAACAUGGACAGAGAGACGCGUGACCAGUACGUUCUGAUCAUUCAGGCCAAGGACAUGGUGGGUCAGAUGGGAGGACUGUCAGGCAGCACCUCUGUGACGGUCACACUCACCGACGUCAAUGAUAACCCUCCACGCUUCUCUCGCAAAUCGUAUCAGUACUCGGUGCUGGAAUCUUUGCCAGUGUCAUCAGUGGUGGCCAAACUGAAAGCCGCAGAUGCUGAUAUCGGCUCCAAUGCAGAGAUGGACUACCGCAUAAUAGAUGGAGAUGCACCCGGUGUGUUCAACGUCACCACAGACGAGGAGACACAAGAGGGAAUCAUCUUUCUACAGAGGACUUUGGACUAUGAAACUAAAAGCAGUUUUUCUCUGAAGAUUGAAGCCACUAAUCGGAAUAUUGACCCUCAAUUUCUGACCUUUGGCCCCUUCAGUGAUACAACGGUUGUAAAGGUCAUUGUAGAAGAUGUAAAUGAGCCGCCUGUCUUCUCAGCCCUGAUCAGUAAGCUGGUGGUGUCGGAGGCGGCGAAGGUUGGCACUGUCAUUGGAACGGUUUCAGCCCGUGACCCAGACUCAUCCAGCAGUGCCAUCAGGUACUCCAUAGACCGUAACACGGACCUGGAGCGGUUCUUCAAUGUGGAUGCCCUGUCUGGUGUCAUCAGCACAGCCAAACCUCUAGACAGAGAAAUCAACUCUGUCCACAAUAUCACCAUAUUUGCCACUGAGAACCAGGACCCGUCUCUGGUUGGCAGAGGAAUCGCUCUGAUCACAGUCAUGGACAUUAAUGACAACGCUCCAGUAUUUGCUAUUGAGUACGAGACGCUCCUCUGUGAAAAUGCUGCACCUGGACAGAUGCUGUAUUAAGCAGUACAGAAAGUGAUAAAAGUAUGCAAACUCAGCAUGAUCUUCUCUGGGAAGCAGAAAGUGUCAGACUUCACGUCUCCGUUUUCAGCUCCUCCCCGACUGUAAGCGGCAACUCUCGCUGAUCGAAUGCAUCCAGCUGCAGCCGAUGUCGAACACACCUAUUAACAAGAGCACAUGACCAGCGAACACAAUCACAAGACGUGCUCAAACAAAACAUGACACGAACACGCAGCCAAUGAGAGCUCUCACUGAUGAAAAACACAAGCUGUGUGCUACACAGAACACAACAACACACACGGACAGAAGAAGGUACGGCCCGAGCGAAACUCGAAAUUGCACACUUACCCAGAGACCAGAGCACAUGAAGAAUGAGCGGAUGCCCAAAAUUUUUGACAAAUCUCUUACACAUAUUCAACCGUUAACUUAACAUGUGUCUUAGUUUGUAAUAUAAUACAUUUUCCAAUAAUGUCAUUCACAUUCUUUUUUUUUUUUUUUUUAAACCAGACAUAUUAAUUUGUCUAUAUUUGACUAUACUUAAAAUUGUCUCUCUAGUUGCAAUGUCUGAAGAAUAGUUUUGGAAAUAAUUAUGAAUUGUUGCAGAAUAAUAAAGUGAAUUCAGAUUUCACAAUAUCAGAAUAUUUAUAUAUGCAUUAAUGAAACAAAUAAAACACAUUCCUCUCA